AUGUUUGACAUGAUUUGCCCAGUGAACGGUACGUCGUUCCAAUUAUCGGAUUUGAAGAAAUCACCACUUAGCGUACGCCUACUGAAUGCUUUAGUGAAUUGGCGCAAGUUCUACACGCAAGAAGUCACAGAAGGUGUCACUGAAAUGCUACUGUUUCGCUUUUUGAUUCCCAUUAGAUGUUCUGAGCGAGUUCUAGACGAGAUGGGCAGAGAAUUGUCGGAUUGGGAACGUUUCUGCUCGGAAGAGUAUGAGACGAUGAUGGAGAACGAAGAAGAAGUUGAUGAAAAUUUGUAA